AUGCCCGGAGAUCCUUCCCCCGAUGACCCCAAGGACCGGCGGAAGCGAAAGGCAGGGGGCCCGGCCGCCGAGGAUUCUCCUGGUGCCGGAGCCGCGAGAUCCAAUCCUGGCCAGCGGCGGGUGGUGGAUGACGAUUCCGUGGCGCUUCUCCGGGGAGUCCUCGAGUUCCGCCACCGGACGGGCCUACUGCCGACGAAAUCAAACAUGCCUGCAUUAUACGAAUCCGUAAGCCGCUGGCUUCGCGCUCCCCUCACCCAGUACCAGCUCUACAACAAGCUCCGCCACCUUCGCCACAAGUUCAGCCAGACCGCCGCCAGCGGCCACGGCCCCCAUGACGGCAUCCUCCAUGAACUUGCCGCCAAGAUCUGGCCGGCGGACGAGGAAAAGAUGGACAAGAAAGAGGAGGAUAAGAAGCAGCAGCAGGAGAAUGACACUGAUGAUGAUGAGCAUGAGGAACAGGCGGAGAGUCAGGACGCGGAGAUGGAACGGGAAGAUGAGCACGAGGAGAAGGAAGGCCGAGACGAGGAAGAGCAGCGAGGUGGAUGCGAGUCCUACCCAUAUUUGGCUCAUGCAGCAGCGGAGCAUUGGAAAGCUCAUAGCUUGUCAAACGCAUCGUUGGAGGUGGGUCUGAAGCUUCUGAAUCCUUCGAAGGCAAAAGCUUUGGAGGGGAAGUGGAAGAGGCUGUUGGAUGAUGAGAUGAAGUUCCAGGCGGAUUGGUUCAAGGCGUGCAGGGACAUCUUCGCGUUGUUGAAUGAGUCGCAUAAGGGUAUGUAG